GCGAUGGGUGCAUUGGCGGGCUAAACAUAUGGGCCACCACACAUUUUAGUGCUCCGUAAAUUUCACUGAAGUACUUUCUAGCAUGGGUACUGUUCUUUCAGAAUACAUACAGAAAGGAUAAGAACCACUGCGAGUGUUUGAGGUUUAAACAGACACCCUGAAGAGAAACAUGGCACACAUAACAAUUAACCAGUACCUACAACAGGUGGUGGAGGCUAUCGAAACACGUGAUGGGGCAUUCUGUGCAGAACUGCUGUCUUUUAAACACCCACAUGUAGCCAAUCCAAGGCUUCAGCUUUCAACUCCAGAGGAAAAAUGCCAGCAGGUGCUUGAACCGCCAUAUGAUGAGAUGGUAGCUGCUCACUUGAGGUGCGUAUAUGCGGUCUCCAAUCAUGAUUUUGUGGAUGCUUACAAAUGUCAGACUGUGGUAGUCCAAUCAUUUCUGAAGGCUUUCCAAGCUCACAAAGAAGAAAACUGGGCGUUGCCAAUGAUGUUUGCCGUUGCAUUGGACUUACGGAUAUUUGCCAACAAUGCUGAACAGCAGCUGCUGAAGAAAAGCAAAGGAAAGCUGGGAGACAUGCUGGAGAAAGCUGCUGAACAGUUGAUGAGCUGCUUCAGAGUGUGUGCCAGUGACAACCGUGCUGGCAUUGAUGACUCUAAGAAGUGGGGCAUGCUCUUCCUCAUCAACCAGCUCUUCAAGAUCUACUUCAAGAUCAGUAAGCUGCACUUGUGCAAACCUCUUAUUCGGGCGAUUGACAGCUCCAACCUUAAGGAUGAAUACAGCAUGGCACAGAGGAUCACCUACAAAUACUACGUUGGAAGGAAGGCCAUGUUCGACAGCGACUUCAAGCUUGCGGAGGGUUAUUUGUCUUUUGCCUUUCAACACUGCCAUCGGUCCUGUCAGAGAAACAAAAGAUUGAUCCUCAUCUAUCUACUUCCUGUCAAGAUGCUCUUGGGUCACAUGCCAACGCACUCACUCCUGCAGAAGUAUGACCUUAUGCAGUUCACAGACGUCACCAAAGCUGUUGGUGAGGGAAACCUGUUGCUGCUGAAUGAGGCGCUCACCAAACACGAGACCUUCUUCAUCCGGUGUGGCAUCUUCCUUAUCCUUGAGAAGCUGAAGAUCAUCACCUACAGAAACCUCUUCAAAAAAGUGUACCAUCUCCUGAGAACUCACCAGCUUCCCCUAGAUGCGUUUCUUGUGGCUCUCAAGAUGAUGCAGGUGGAGGAGGUCGAUAUCGAUGAGGUGCAGUGCAUCCUGGCCAAUCUCAUCUACAUGGGUCACAUCAAAGGCUACAUCUCUCAUCAGCAUCAGAAACUUGUCGUCAGUAAACAAAACCCCUUCCCUGCUCUAUCUACUGUGUCCUGAAGAACUGAUGAUGCAGUCCUGUUGACUCAUUCCCUUCUUUUUUACUGGAUUUUACUGAUGUCAUUGAAUUAAUUUGUACUGUAUCUAAAAUACCCCC